AGUGCUUUACUUUUGCAGUGCAGCUGGACUGCGAGAGGGGCGUGCCGCAGCAAUCGGCUGUUCUUCAACAGCAUUUUCGUUAUGAUGCUUAAAACGUGUUUAAAUUAGAAUCCUGUAAGAGAAUCCUGAACUUGUCCCAACUACAGCAGAGCAAUUCGUUUCUGUCAUUUUGGAAAUAUACCUCGCUUUUCCAAUGAAUUGCACCAGGGUUCUGCAGAUCCUGAACCCCAGGCCAAUGCCAAGUCCAAUUAUGCCUGUGGAUGUAGCUAUGAGAAUCUGUUUGGCACAUUCGCCGCCUCUUCACAGUUUCCUCAGUUCAUACGAAGACUGCAAGUCCAGGAACCUAGUCAACCAAUACAAACCCCUAAGAUCCUGCAUCAGCUCCAAGACAAAAGUGGGCACUGCCAACUUAGGUUGGAAGAGUCCCAAAACCAUAUCUAAAAAGAAAGUGGUUUUUGCUGACUCCAAAGGCAUUUCUCUAACAGCAGUUCAUGUGUUUCAAGAAUUUGAGGAAGACCCCAUGAUAGACCUGCAGUUUGAAUUAACAGACCUGGCUGAUGCUAUUGGUGGCCUGAAAGUCAAGAAAGAGAUGAAUUUAGUUUUGGACUUCCCUCAGCCCGCCGCAGACUAUUUGGAUUUCCGAAACCAUCUAAAGAAGAACCUGGUGUGCUUGGAAAACUGUAUAAUUCAAGAGACAUCGCUCACUGGCACAGUAAAAGUUAGCAAUGUAAGCUUUGAGAAAGUUGUCCAUGUGCGAAUAACAUUUGAUUCAUGGAAAAGCUACACUGACAUUCCUUGUACCUACAUGAAUAAUGUUUAUGGUUGUGAGGACGUGGACAUCUUUUCAUUUUCCAUCGACCUUCCAAGUGUUGUGCCCCAAGAUGAGCAGGUGGAGUUCUGCAUAUCAUACAAAACUCACAAUAUGACAUACUGGGACAAUUGUGAUGGAAAUAAUUACAAGUUAGUGCAUAUAGAAAAUGACCCCAGUCAGGCAAACCAUGUCAUUCAGAAGACCACAACCAAUUUCAAGAAUCAAGGCAAACGGCCAGAGGUGGAGUUUGAUCAAUUUGGGAGCCCGAGAACAUCCUGUGGCUUCUUUCCUGAGUGGCAGAGCUGGGGUCGUAUUGAGAACAACACCCCCUACUGGUGACAGUUCAAGGCCAUUGAUAAACUCAAAAUAAAUUUUUUAAUGCUAGUGGUUAAAUGGACAAACGUAAGUGAACACCUGGUUAAUUUCAGAAUUGACUUAAACAUAUUGAGACUGCUCAGUUUAAAAAAGUCUAAAGAGUAGAAAUUAGCAAUGACAUCCUCAAAAAAAAAAGCUAUUUUGGCCAUGUUUUGUCUUUUCAGACUGUCCCAAGUUAAUGUGAUUUUGGGCUCUGAAAUGAUGCAAAUUUGAUACUAACCGUGUUAACACUUUAUGAUGGCAAUUACUAAAAUUUAUAUUAAAAGAAAUAAUUGUAGCACACUACGGCAUUUUCAAGAUCUGACAUGGGGUAAACCAAUCAUUCUCAUAACAUAGAUGCCCUCCUUUGUGAUUAUCUAUAAUUGUCAAUUUAAUACAAUAUUACUUACAGCUGUAAUACAAUUGCAUCAUUUUCAAAAAUCUUUUAAAGUAUCCUUGUUUGAAGUGAACAACUAGCGCUAGCUCCUAAAUAGAUUCUUAAAAUGUACUAUUUGUUACCUUUAAGUGUAAUGAUUUUGAUGGGAAGCAUCAGUCGUUACCCAUCUAAAGUCACUGAAUUGUGGAAAUCCUGUUUCUAAAAUGUGACUGGACAUUAAAUAUCUUUAAAUAUCUUUUUGGACAUUAAAUUUAAGUCACCCUUUAGAGCAGAGGAACCAGUCCGGCACUGCAUAAAAUUAUUUAGAAUCAGAUUGUGAAAGUGGGAAUCUGGUACAAUACGAGAUUGCUUCAUAUUGAAGUUUAUGUAUCUCAUUUCACGGUACCAGCUUAUCGGUCACUUUCUAACAAGCACAAUAAGCAUGAUGCAUUAUAAGGAGGUUCAUGAGAGAUAAUUAUGCCCAUUAAGUGCUAAAUGCCUACUCCUGCACUUCCGAUUUUUCCUGUGUCUGUUCUAAUUUUUUAAAAGCUGCAGUGUCUUUUACACUUCUUUCCUACAACAUUUUUGCUGCUAUGGUUUUGUGUGUGCCUGUGUUUCCUGCAUUGUAGUGUGUGCGUGAGGAAACUUUCCAGUGUUAUUUGUUGGACAUAAAGGACUUUGGAUGUACUGUAACUUUAAGGAAGACAUAUUAAGUAAGUGAGGAAAAGUAGCUAAAGAGAAAGAUAAUAUUGAAUGAGAUUAAUUGUUGCCUUUUUUAAAUGCUUGUUUUUCCUUCUCCUGCAAUAGAAAAACAGGUCAGUUUGGUGAAGUUGACACCUUGAACGAAAGCGAAUGUGAAUUGUGAUGAUAGCUGCUGUAAUUGCUAAGGAUCAUGUAGGUUGAAUGUAAAAAGCUGUACAAGCCAUAGUGUAUGCCUAAAUAUUUUUUCCAUUGCAAAAAAAAAAUGCUUGUUCGAAAGAAUGUUGUGCUCUAUGUGUUCCUUUUAGAAAUAAAACUUUAUGUUCUAUG